AUGAAAUUCACUCUUCUUGCCAUGAUUGCCCUGGUCUCGGGUGCCAUUUCCCAGACAACUACAAGUGAAGACCCAGGCCCUUCUCCCACAGCUUCGGUGGGCUGUGAACCGCACGGUGAUCACUGGCAUUGUGAUGGUCCCGCAUCCGCAACAGCAACUACAUCCGCAUCCGCAUCCUCCAGUGAAGAUACCACAACAAGUGCCACCCCAACUUCCCCCAGCCCAACUGAGUCAGUGGGCUGCGAGCCCCAUGGAGACCACUGGCACUGUGAUGGCCCAGCAGAGACUGGUACGGACAGCUCGUCAACUGCUUCCGCCUCUAACGCGGCCGAAACUGGAGCUGCCGACAUGGUGGGCGCCAAAAUGAUGCCCGUCUUUGGUCUCGCGGUUGGUGCUGCCGCACUCUUUGUCUAA